UUCUCCAUACGUAAUUUAAUUUGGUGUUUUAUCUAAUUUUUUAAGAAAUAAAUAAAACAUUGAAAAAUAUUUUACAAGAUAAAAAUAUAACAGAUAAAAUUUGUAAAUAUGACACUUUUUGAAAAAAUAAUUUUUCCCGAUAAUCCGCCAAGCGAUUUUUUUCGAGAUGAUAGAAAACUGGUUGUUGUCGGAAUAAUUGGUAAGUCUUCAUAUAGGCUCUUUAAUAAAAUGGCAGUUUUAAAUAUACUUAAUGUGUACCCUACGUUACUUAACGAGGAUGGCGAAGAGGGUCGUAUAACAUUUUAUUCAAAGAAAUCAGAAAACAUAUUAUAUGUUCAUUUUGAAACUACUUAUGAUAAUUAUUGCAUGCAAAAAGACUUAGAAAAAUUCCUUCAGUCAGACAACAGCACUGAGAAUCCGUUUAUGUUAUUUAAUAACCAUGUUCGAAAUCGUUUUGCAAGGAUGUUCUUAUUUGCUACUGAAAUUUGUCACAUAAUCGUUUUUCUUGAAACAAGUAUUACUUUUGACGCUUCUUUAUUACAAAUUUUUAAAUGCUUGAAAAUCAUUAGAGAGAAACAUGUUUUGAAAUUUUUACCAAAAUUUGUUAAAAAUUCAACUGCUGGGUCAUUUUUAGGUAAAGAUGCCAGAUUAUGUUCUCCGAGAGUUUUAUUCUUUUUUGAAAACUAUCCGGAUGGUUAUGAUGAUCAAGAUGCAGAUGCUAUUUCAAAACUGGAAUUUGAAGUUGAAAAUAAUAUAUAUAAGAUGUUAAGGAAUGAAUUCAUAAUAACAAAUAACAGUUCAGCUUCACUAUUUUCCGUUCCCCUGAACAAUCGGUUUGUUUAUUAUAACACCGACAAAAGUGUUCAUGAAGAUCCUUUAAUGAAAUCAAUCAAUUAUUUGAAUGAAUUAAUAAACAAAUCUAAUAGUAGUGUUAAAAGCGAGCUGAUUGAUGAUUUAGAUGAGUUAAGACCGUACGAGGGAUUUGGAAAACCACUAAAACAUUAUACGCACAGGUUGACAGACUCUUUGGGCAAAGAAAAGAAAAGAACCUUUUUAAGUUUACUAGAUUACCAUGUCGAUGAGGCUCACAAAGUUGGUUUUGACGAUAAUAUGGUUAAAUACAAAACUAAAAAUCAUUUUGUAAUCCCAACAUUGAAAGCUUGGUAUGAUACCUUCAAAUUACUCCAUAAAAUUUUUAUAGAAAAUCCAGAUAAUCCGAAAUUUGAAGCUAAUGAUCCUGAUUAUAAAUCAUAUUUGGAAAAUUUUUAUAAAAUAAUGGAUAUUGACGAAGAAUUUUUCGCAAAAUGCUGUGACACAGGAUUGAAGAAAGCUAUUGCUCUUUAUAAUGAUCCGAUGCUAACGCACUACAGCAGCGGUUUUCACAAAAGUUUAGUUGAAGAAUCCAUGAAAACUUACCUCAAAUAUGCUAGAGGUCCUCAUACAUCUAUAAAUGAAAAGAAACUCAAAGAAAAAUGUGAUCAAAUAUGGAAGAAUGGAAAACAACAGUGCGAAUUCCCUAGUUUACGAGGAAAUCCUUGUAUUAAACCAAAGCAUAAUGCAAAUGACAUAUUAGAUCAUUCUAGUGGAAUUGUUUUUGUAUCAACAUGCAAUUGUGGUAGAACUCAAGGGCAUCGUGAAGAUCCAUAUACAAUUCGUCAAGCAAAUUAUGAAUUUUAUCAAAUCUUAGCAAAUAAUUGCUCUUCUUGCUCAAAGGUUGAAAAAAUCCAGUUUGCUGUUUUCGAACCAUCAAUAAAUGAUUUUAAACCAGCGGAAAUAGAAAAAUAUUUUCCAAAACUUCAUGCAUCAGAAGCACCGAAAGAUGAAAUGAAUAAUAAAAAUUCUGAAAAUUCUGAAAAUUCUGCUCCACUAACUGCAUCCCAAAGAUCACAUACAAAUUUAAGUUUAGAGUCUAUGGAUGACUUAAACAAGAUAAAUUGUUAUAGUUCUGAUGAAUCCGUCAAUGAAUUAGUUAUCAAAGUGGGGGAACAGCCAGAAGAAAACGAAAAUAAAGUUAUUAGACAAGCUUCAACUACAGAAUAUCUUCCAGGAAUGAUUCAUACGGAGAGUCCAAUUGGUGUACUGCCCCAAUAUCCAAGUUGGUCAUUGGUAUGUUUAGGUUUGAGUUCAGUUUACAGCCACAAUACAGGUUUGUUGGAGCAUUUUCAAAGUGGAUUUUUAUCUGGCACUAAUUAUUUAUUGCCUUGGGAUGUACAUGUUCGAAUCGAGCAUUCGGCUUCAUGGGCAGCGGCUUGCGAAAAAACCCGAUAUAGAAAAAAAGGUGAAGUAAUAAUUUUAAAAAUUUUCGUAGGUUGUGAAUAUGAAUGUCCCAGAGGCCACAGAUUUAUAAUGAGUUCACCGGACAAAGUCUUAAGAGGCGGAUCAGGAAUCGUUAGAGAUAGUGGAAGCAAAGUCGUCUUUAAUGAUAUGCCUUUAUACUUCCCCUGUCCAUGUAAAAAUAUGAAAACAAUGGUGGCCCAAUUGAUGCGCGUUCAUAUUGUUACGCCUAAAGCACCAGUAAACGUAAUUUUAGAGCCAAAAGUCAGAACGGGUGAUUACAUUUUUACCAUGGGCUUACCGAAUCCUCCAAAAUUGUCUCAAAGUGCGUAUUGGGUUUUAAGGUUACCGUAUAUUUAUCAAGGCGAUGAUGGUCCAAUAAUUCCUCCAAGCGAAGUUACUAGUUCAAAUACGUUGAUGUAUGGUUGCCUUUUAGCCGGAAUGUACGGUGUUAGUGAAACUGAAUCCGAAAAUUAGCGUCAUUUAAAUUUGCAGAUAUAAUAUGCCAACUUUUUAUAUAGAACAGUUUUAAAAAAUAAAAUUGGAAAGAAUAGCAAAGUGUCAAUAAUUCAAAAAAAUAUUAAAUGUAAAAUUUUGAAAUUGUUUAUUGAAACUGCGGAGAGUUGGAGAGUAUAUUACACAGAAUGUUCAAAUAAAAUAUGAGAGAAAAUUAUUUUAUUAUGUCUUCCUAUUUCUAUAUAACUUAAAGAAUAAUAAUGAAGAAAUAUAAAACAACUUAAA